UCCCUCGGGGCUCGCCGCUCGCCGCCGCCGCCGCCGCUCGUCCCCGUUCCGCCGCCGCCGCCGGCCCCCAGCGCCAGAGCGCGUCCGCGCCCAGGAUGGACGUUCCCGUCCCCGCGGGCCCUGCCACCGCCGCCCUCCCCAAGCACAUCCUGGACGUCUGGGUCAUCGUCCUCAUCAUCCUGGCCACCAUCCUCGUCAUGACGGCCUUGGUGCUCUGCCCGGCCACGGCGGUCAUCAUCUACCGGGUGCGGACUCACCCCACGCGCAACGGGAUCGUCUGAGCACUGCGGGCAAUGGGGGGCCGCGGCCGGGCCCGGAGCCGUCCGGCGCUGGGACGCCCGCCCCGCACCACGCCUCGGGGGGCUGGCGCCGGGCACGACGGCCGGGCGGCUGGGUCGUCCCCGCUCCGAGCCCCUGCCCGGCUUCGGGGGGCGAGGGGCGAGGGGUGCGAAUGCCCGGCGAAGCAAUUCCGUUGUAGGAGUCGCGGCUGCCGGGGCGGUGGGGAGCAAGGGCCGGGCCGAGGCGGGUUUGGCUUCUGCCUGUGCAUUUAAUACCGCACCCAAAGUGUUGGUGAAGAAGCCUGUUUGGCUCGGAAACACGGCUGGCGCCCGCUUUUCUACACAGCGGGGAGCUGCUGGUGCCCUUGGAGAGCGCCGCGGGGCGCCCGGCUCCUCGGCCCCGCGAGGCCGGGGAGCGCAGGCAGCUCCCCCCGGGGCGGGCCGGGCCGGGCCGGGGGGCUCGGGGGUCGCCGCUGGCCCGGCGGGAGGGGAGCGGAACGGAGCGGAGGGGCCGUGCGGGCUGGGGGGCUCCGAGGUCGCCCCGUGCUACGAAAUAAAAGGGUUUUAUUCUGCUCGCCA